AUAGGCCCUUUGCAGCUAGGAGGUCACGUGCCUAGCAACGCCGAAUUGGAGAGCAAGCUCUUCUGCGACGACAAAUCGAAUGAGUGUCUUGAGCAUCACGCGUAUGUAUAUCUGAAAGGCGGUUAUUUUGAAUUCAAGCGGUAAAUACCAUUCCAUCUCUCAAAAUCCAGUAAGUUUAGCAUAUAAAUAUAGCUUUUAGCACAUCUUCAAAUCGGAAAGGUUAAUAUUAACUGGGAUCGCGGCAAGAAUAUCAGCGUCAAGUCGACUACGAGUUACAAACAUGGCUUCUCCUCCAGGUAUGUAGAAUAGAUCUUGUCUUCUUCCUGCACUUUGAUAGCGACGUUUGGACGAUUAAUACAAGUAAAAAGAAAGAAAAUACAGUAAUUCACUACGCCUUAGGGUUUAGAAGCUGUUUACUUUUGAAAAACAUAGAAUUUUGGCUGCUUAUUCCCCUCAAGACUAUGGUGUCGGAACCAACAAGCGUUGUUUUCAUUGUUGUAGAUAUCGAUAUGGACGAGUCAGUUGAACAAUCCAUUACGGGCAGAAAAAAUUCUGCAUACCAUUGCUGUGUUCCCCUAUGUAAUGGGGAUUCAAGGUACCACGAAGAUUUGCGUUUCCAUCGCAUUCCCGGUCGUACCAAGGAUGAAAAGUUGAAGAAGGAAUGGCUGGUGAAAAUCCGAAGAGACGAAGGUCCUGACUUCAAGAUAACAACUAGUACGAGAGUAUGCUCAAGGCACUUUACCAAGGAAGAUUACCUUCCCCCCACCAAGUCUGGUAGCCAGCGACUGAAAAGAGGUGCUGUUCCAUCGAAUUUUAACUGGAAUUCCUCCUUCAAAGCACGAAGAAAGAUUAUUCGACAUGUCGACAGAGAUACUCAAACAGAUGAUAGUGACACUGAUGGAGUGGAAAGUGAAGCAAUGCAAAGCAGGGAAAGUGUGGAAACAGAGGUGCAGUCUCUGAAGGCUCAGCUUCUGGCCAUGCAUGGAGAGCUUGAGGCGAGCAGAAAGGAAGCAGCUGCAGCUAAAGAAGAGCUAAGAAAUGUCAAGGCUAAAGCAACAUUAAGUAAAUUUGGUCUGGAGAGAUUUGGUCCAGACAACGAGAGUAUAAAAUUUUACACUGGCUUUCCCACAAAUGAACAUAUUAAGCUUUUUUUUAAUUUUAUUAAACCCAGUGCUGAACUAAUGACCUACUGUUAUGCCUCUGGAGAGAGAGAAAACAGACCAGCCUCCAGAAAUAUGCUUCUAAUAGAUGAAAUGUUUAUGUUUCUUGUUCGGCUUAAACUUGGAUUAUUUGAGCAAGAUCUUGCUGAUAGGUUUGCAAUUCAUAUAUCAUCAGUCUCUAGAAAAUUGGUAACCUGGUCCAAUUUUUUGUAUUUUUUUCUUGGAAGUCAAAUCAUUUGGCCCUCGAGGGCAGAUGUAGAUAGAUGCAUGCCUGAGGGUUUCAGAGAACUCUAUCCUAGCACCAGAGUGAUUUUAGACUGCACAGAGAUUUUUGUGCAAACACCCACAUCCCUGUUGUUACAGUCACAGCUGUACUCAUCCUAUAAGAGCAACACAACUUUGAAAGGUCUUAUUGGAAUCACCCCUCAUGGAGCAAUAUGUUUUGUUUCCACUUUAUACACUGGAGGGAUUAGCGACAGGGAAAUCACAAGAUGUAGUGGUAUUUUAGACCUCUUAGAAGCAGGAGACUCAGUGAUGGCAGAUAAGGGGUUUGAUAUAGGUAACAUGCUACAGGAGUAUAAUGUUGAGUUAAACAUCCCUCCUUUUCUGGAAAAUCAAGGGCAGUUUUCAACUCAAGAUGUGCAAAAAACCAAAACUAUUGCAAGCCUUAGAAUACAUGUAGAACGUGCCAUCAGAAGGGUUAAGGAGUAUCACUUUUUGGAUUCCGAUGUUCCUCUUUCAACUUUAGGUUCAGUUAACCAGCUCUAUUCUAUAGCCUGUCUUCUAACAAAUUUUCAAGGUCCCUUAAUCUUAUCAAAGUGACAACAUUACAAUGUAGUGCACUCAUUUGGAUUAGAAGAUCAUUCAGAAGGAUUAAAUAUUUAAACUAUUACAAAAAGUGUAAGUAGUCAUAAUGAGUCUUGGUAAAUUUUAAUUGUUAUUAUAAGGUGUCAACUGUUACUGGAUAUAGUAUUUCUGAAUCAAUUGCUCUUUAAACAUAAUAUUGGACAUUUUUGGUGUUUUUCUUUUAAGUUUGGUUAAUUGGGGGAUUACCACAUAUAUUUAAUUCUUGAAUUUGAGUAUGAUGAUGCAAGUAAAUAACAAAACCUUGGCUAAAAGAGCUAAAAAAUACUAACAAGAAAGUUAGGUCACAUUUCUGUUUCUGCAAAAAAAUGCUCCAUGCAUUCCAUGGGUCAACAUCACCUCAUCCCUCAUCCUGACAUUAUCUGGUUGGCACCAAUUUUAGAAAAGUUUUUAAAUCUAAUAUAGUUGUACACAAAUUAGAGCAAAUAUAGAAUGGGUUAAAAGAAUAUUGAAGCUAAAUCUUUUCAUAACAAAUACAGUCUUGAGAGUAAGCAAAGACUAGAGGCAAAUCAGCUUAGAUAGUAAUUGAAAAAAAAAAUGUCCACCUUAUCUUUAGCCCCUUGGAAAAAAAUGGGAUCAAAAAGGAUUCUUGUGCAGACAAACAUGUCAUCAUUCAUGUAACUGAAAAAAUCGCACCAGUCUAGACCAGUGAGGCCCAACUGGCACUGGACUUGGUAAUAAUAAAUGUCACUCUUCUUUAAAGAA